AUGGCCGGGAAUAUGGGAAUGGAACAAUUGAUUCCAAUUGUUAACAAAUUACAAGAUGCUUUCACCCAGUUGGGUGUUCAUAUGCAGCUGGAUUUACCCCAAAUAGCAGUUGUGGGUGGACAGUCUGCUGGCAAGAGCUCCGUGUUAGAAAACUUUGUGGGCAGGGACUUUCUGCCUCGAGGCUCCGGAAUAGUAACGCGGCGUCCAUUGAUUCUUCAGCUAAUACAUGGAAACACAGAAUAUGCGGAGUUCCUGCAUUGCAAAGGAAAGAAGUUUGUUGAUUUCAAUGAAGUACGUGCAGAGAUUGAGGCAGAGACAGACCGUAUCACUGGCUCUAACAAGGGCAUAUCGCCAGUUCCUAUUAAUCUGCGUGUUUAUUCCCCAAAUGUGCUCAACUUGACCCUGAUUGAUUUGCCGGGUUUGACUAAAGUGCCCAUUGGUGACCAGCCGGUAGACAUCGAACAACAGAUCAAGGGAAUGAUCUUCCAGUUCAUCAGACGGGAGUCCUGCCUCAUCCUCGCCGUCACCCCCGCUAACACAGAUUUGGCCAACAGCGAUGCCUUGAAACUUGCAAAAGAAGUCGACCCUCAAGGUCUUCGUACGAUCGGUGUGAUUACGAAGUUAGAUUUGAUGGAUGAAGGCACGGAUGCCCGAGAUGUGCUCGAGAAUAAGCUGUUGCCUCUCCGGCGCGGUUACAUUGGUGUCGUUAACCGAUCACAGAAGGACAUUGAUGGCCGCAAAGACAUCACCGCUGCCUUGGCAGCUGAGAGGAAGUUCUUCCUUAGCCAUCCAUCAUACCGACAUUUGGCGGACCGACUUGGUACCCCUUAUCUGCAGCGUGUACUCAACCAGCAACUGACCAAUCACAUCAGGGAUACUCUCCCCGGCCUCCGAGACAAGCUGCAGAAGCAACUGCUCACACUGGAGAAAGAUGUCGAUCAGUACAAACACUUCAGACCUGAUGAUCCUUCCAUCAAGACUAAGGCUAUGUUGCAAAUGAUCCAGCAGUUGCAAACAGACUUUGAACGCACAAUAGAAGGUUCUGGCUCUGCACAGAUCAACACAAACGAACUAUCGGGUGGUGCUAAAAUCAAUCGGUUGUUCCACGAACGAUUCCCAUUCGAGAUUGUCAAAAUGGAAUUCGACGAGAAGGAACUGCGUAGGGAGAUCGCCUUCGCUAUUAGGAAUAUUCACGGUAUUAGGGUGGGCUUGUUCACUCCCGACAUGGCGUUCGAAGCUAUUGUAAAGAAACAAAUCGCGCGACUCAAGGAACCCAGUUUGAAAUGCGUCGAUCUCGUUGUGGCUGAACUGUCUAAUGUUGUUCGCAUUUGCACUGAAAGGAUGUCCCGAUACCCGAGGUUGCGUGAGGAGACGGAGCGCAUUAUAAUGUCUUACGUUCGUUCUCGCGAACAAAUGUGCAAGGACCAACUGGUGCUGCUUAUCGACUGCGAGCUCGCCUACAUGAACACCAACCACGAGGACUUCAUUGGAUUUGCCAAUGCUCAAAAUCAGUCUGAGAAUUCAACAAAGUCAGGACAUCGCGCGUUAGGAAACCAAGUCAUCAGGAAAGGAUACAUGUGCAUCCACAACUUGGGUAUAAUGAAAGGUGGUUCCAAAGAUUACUGGUUUGUGCUGACCGCUGAGAGCAUCUCCUGGUUCAAAGACGAAGAGGAGCGAGAGAAGAAGUAUAUGCUACCUCUGGAUGGUCUGAAACUGAGGGAUCUGGAACAGGGAUUCAUGUCGCGCCGACACAUGUUCGCACUCUUCAACCCUGAGGGCAGGAACGUCUACAAGGAUUACAAACAACUCGAGUUGUCAUGUGAGACACAAGAUGAUGUCGACUCAUGGAAGGCAUCGUUCCUCCGCGCCGGAGUCUACCCAGAGAAGACCUCCGAAGCAGCCAAUGGAGACGAGAGUGAAGGAACCGAGAGUUCGGACAGCUCAGGCACAAGUAGCAUGGACCCUCAGCUCGAGAGACAGGUGGAGACCAUCAGGAACUUGGUCGACUCUUACAUGCGCAUCGUGACGAAGACGACACGAGAUCUCGUACCCAAGACCAUCAUGAUGAUGAUCAUCAAUAAUGCCAAAGACUUCAUUAACGGAGAGCUGCUUGCACAUCUAUAUGCUUCUGGCGAUCAAUCACAAAUGAUGGAAGAGUCUCCAGAAGAAGCUCUCAAACGCGAAGAGAUGUUGCGCAUGUACCACGCUUGCAAAGAAGCCUUGCGGAUCAUUGGGACGUUUCUAUGGCAACAGUGAGCACGCCUGUUCCUCCACCUGUAAAGAACGAUUGGCUGGAGAGUCGCCUGGACUCCAACCCGCGACUGUCGCCGCCCUCCCCUGGCGGACCACGCAGAGCUGCGCCUGCGCAGCAAGGGUCACUAGGCGGUCGUGGCGCGCCGCCUCCCCCUGGCGGCGGUUCAGGCCGGCCCGCGCCCCCGCUGCCGUCGCGUCCAGGUGGCGGGGCCCCGCCGCCGCCCUCCGUGCGCCCCGCGCCCGGCCAGCCCGGCCUUCCAGCGCCACUUGUGCCCACG